AAUCAGACAAUUAGAAGUUGUCAUUUGCAUGUUAUUGUUUUUAAAAAGUCUAUAAAAUAGUAUUCAAAUUGACCUAAUUUUUGUAUAUAAUUGUACGUAUUACGCUUUACAAUAAACAAGUGAAUGGUUUCAAUAUGUUAGCUCUACAACAAUAUUUAGGUAGUAGUGACGAAGAAGAUAAGAUAGAAGAAAAUAAUCAACGUUCAGUAGUUACUCCUGAAACCCCUAUUAAUUCUAGCUUUUCUGUUAAAAGCAAGCUUUCAGUAUGUGCUGCUCCAGAUGUGGUUCCGACAGGUUUGGAUGGAGAAAAACUGCAUAUUCAUCCAGAGAAUACAGAAUUGUCCUACAACCCAAAAUAUGAAGUUCUUUUUGCUCCAGUAGUAGGUCCCGCAAAUCCUUAUAAGACACAGCAACAAUCUGUUGAAAGAAACAUGUUGUCAGGACAUAUUGAAAGAGCUCAUGUUAGUGAAUUUCAAUUUGAAAAUCAACGCCGUACUUUUGCCAGUUAUGGAUAUGCUUUAGAUCCGUCAAUUAGUACAGAUGGACAAGUUAAAGUUGUAGGAACAACCGAAGAAGGAAAAGAUGUAGAAAGUGUAAAGACUGUAUUUGAAACUACAAAAAUAAGACCUUUAGACAAAAGGAAAAGAAAAAGAAAUGAUGAUCCAAGUGACAUAGAAGGGUUUCUGGGACCUUGGGGUGGAUUUACUGAUGAACAAAAAAUUGCAAAACCCACUGAAGAGGAACAAGCUGAGUUGGAUGAGAUUACGUCAAAGAAAAACAGAAAAGGCAAACCUAUGGAAGAUAAACCAAUUGAAGAAAAAUCAAUCUUGCAUAUCAAAGAUGCUGUGGAUUAUCAAGGUCGUUCAUUCCUUCAUGCCCCUCAAGAUGUAGGAGUUAACCUUAAAUCAGACACGCCACCAGAAAAAUGUUUUUUGCCAAAAUCACAUAUUCACACAUGGACAGGGCACUCAAAAGGUGUGUCUGCAAUCAGAUGGUUUCCCAAAACAGCACAUUUGUUUUUAUCGGCUAGUAUGGAUUGUAGAAUUAAACUUUGGGAGGUGUAUAAUGAAAGAAGAUGUAUCAGAACUUAUUAUGGUCAUCGACAAGCUGUGAGGGACAUUAAUUUUAACAAUUCUGGAAAGCACUUUCUUUCUGCAGGAUAUGAUAGGUACAUUAAGCUAUGGGAUACAGAAACUGGACAAGUUAUUUCAAGAUAUACUAGUCGAAAAAUUCCUUAUUGUGUCAAAUUCAACCCUGACAGAAAUAAACAACAUUUAUUUGUUGCUGGAACAUCUGAUAAGAAAAUAAUCUGUUGGGACACCAGAUCUGGAGAUAUUGUACAAGAAUAUGACAGACAUUUGGGAGCUGUUAAUAGUAUUACGUUUGUGGACGAAAAUAGAAGAUUCGUUACAACAUCUGAUGAUAAGUCAUUGAGAGUGUGGGAAUGGGAUAUACCAGUCGACAUGAAAUACAUUGCCGACCCAACUAUGCAUAGUAUGCCAUCAGUAACACCUGCACCAAAUGGAAAAUGGCUAGCAUGUCAAAGUAUGGACAACAAAAUAGUCAUAUUCUCUGCAAUGAAUCGCUUCAAAAUAAAUCGCAAAAAAACAUUCUCUGGUCACAUGGUAGCUGGUUAUGCUUGCUCCCUAGACUAUUCACCAGAUAUGAGUUAUUUGGUAUCUGGUGAUGCAGAUGGGAAAGUUUAUAUUUGGGAUUGGAAGACGACAAAAUUGUACAAAAAAUGGAAGGCGCACGAUAAUGUUUGUAUUAGUGUCUUGUGGCAUCCCCAUGAACCUAGCAAACUUAUUUCAGCAGGAUGGGAUGGAGUUAUUAAAUAUUGGGAUUAAUUAUGUGUAUAUUGACUAAAUAUAUAUUACAAUAUUUUUAUAUAACAAGCAUUCUGUAUUUAAUAUUUAAGAUUAAUAUAAUUUAUUGCCACAAUGAGGCUACAAAAAUGUUUUUAACAACUGAAGUGCUUGGUACUAUGGACGUUAUUUUUCUAUAUUGUUAAAGUAUCUUCCCUUAUUUUGUUUUUGGACAGUUUAUCUUUUUUAAACUUUUAAAUUGAUAUUAAACUUUACGAUAUGCUGACACUGAAGUCGGAUCGGUGGAAGUCUUCCAUCACGUGACUCAAUCUACGAUUGAUCAAACACAUACUAUCUUCUUAUGUCAAUAAAAAUCAUCAUGAUAACUUAA